AAUGGGAGCCUGCCAGCCUAGUCACUGCUUAUUGCCUUAACCCUGCCUCUCUCUCCCUCCUUUCUUUCCUCCACUCUCCUCUUCCUUUCUCCCUCGCUCUGUGACUGUUCAUUUUUAAAUCUUCUUCCCCUUUCUCUCCCUCUAUUUCCAGCUGCUUUUGGAGCGGGAAGUUUUCUCCACCAAGUGUCUCAAUUUAACAGGAGCUCCCUCCCUCUCUCUCUUCCUCUCUCAGCCCCUUCCUCCUCCCCUUCGGUCGUGACAGAGCACACCUGCUUGGUCUUGGCUGCACGCGCUCUCAGUGCAAUUAUCGCCCGGCCCUCGCAGCACAGUGCAGAAGGCUCAAAUUGCUUCAGCCUUUAGCCCCAACUGGAUAUUUGGAAGAACAUCUGACCUCGGCGCACUCUAACUCUCUCGCUCUUUCUCACACGCUUCUAAAGAGCACAGGAUCCCGGACAGAGGCACCAUGAGGUCGGCCUGUCUCUCUCUGCUCCUGGUCACAGCGUGCUGGUCACUGCCCUUCCGCCAGUCGGGCUUCCUGGACUUCAUGAUGGAGGAUGAGGCGGGCUCUGGCCUGCCCGAGGUGCCCAUCGAGCCCAAGAUGGACGUCCCCACCAUGCCCGAAGGACCCAAGUGCCCCUUCCGCUGCCAGUGCCACCUCCGCGUGGUGCAGUGCUCCGACUUAGGGCUGAAGAGUAUCCCAGAUGAGAUCCCUGCAGACAGCACCCUGCUGGACCUGCAGAACAACAAGAUCACUGAGAUCAAGGAGAACGACUUCAAGACUCUGAAGGGACUCCACACCCUGAUCCUGGUGAACAACCAGAUCACCACAAUCCAUCCCAAGGCCUUCAUUCCCCUGGGCAAGCUGCAGCGCCUCUACCUCUCCAAGAACCACCUCAAGGAACUGCCCGCCAACAUGCCCAAGAGCCUGCAGGAGCUUCGCAUCCAUGAGAACGAGAUCACUAAGAUCAAGAAGGCCUCCUUCGAGGGCAUGGCCCAGGUCAUCGUCAUGGAGCUCGGCUCCAACCCCCUGAAGAGUGCAGGGAUUGAGGCUGGGGCGUUCGGGUCCCUGAAGAAGGUCUCCUACAUCCGCAUUGCAGACACCAACCUGACAGAGAUCCCCAAAGGUCUUCCCCCCUCCCUCUCCGAGCUCCACCUGGACAGCAACAAGAUCACCAAGGUGCAGGCGGGCAACCUGAAGGGCCUCAAGAACCUGGCUAAGCUGGGUCUAAGCUACAAUGAGAUCAGCCAGGUGGAGAACGGUUCUCUGGCCAUGGUUCCUCACCUCAGAGAGCUUCACCUGGACAACAAUGCCCUGACCACCGUGCCCGCAGGUCUGCCUGACCACAAGUACAUCCAGGUGAUCUACCUCCACAGCAACAAGAUAGGAGUGGUGGGCACCGAGGACUUCUGCCCACCAGGCUACAAUACCAAGAAGGCCAUGUACUCUGGUAUCAGCCUGUUCUCCAACCCCGUCCCUUACUGGGAGGUGCAGCCCAUCACCUUCCGCUGUGUGUUCGACCGCUCCGCCAUCCAGCUGGGCAACUACAGGAAGAAGUAGAAAAAAAGUACUCCCCCCCCAGAGAGAGAGAAAGAGAGUGUGUGUGUGUAAGUGUGUAAGUGUGUGUGUGUGUGUGUGUGUAUGUGAACUGCAGCACCCCACCCACCCCACAACACUGAUCGGCAACUUUAUCCCCAUUUUAUACAAAAAUUCACCCAAACCAAGUUAUUUGGAGUCGUUAUCUAAAAACCAUAACGAACAUCCAAUACAGUUUUAACAGUCACUGUACUUAAUGUUUUCAUGAGAAAAGACAGAACAUUUACAAUACUCAGCACCAAACCUUCCUUAGAUGGCUUAGUAAUAACUCAAACCAGCUCUGUAUGCAAACAUUUGAUUUAUAAUAGUCCAUGUACCGUACAUACAUUUCAUAUUCUAAAACAGUAAUCACUGGCAUUAUCCUGUAGCAGGUCUCCCAUACACAAUAAACUGUCAACUCAUUAAAUACUGUUACACUACAUCAUGGUACAGUAGUUAUCUGUCAAAAAGCUCAACUUAAAGGGGCUCUCCACCACUUGUCAACGUCAUGUUCAUUAUCUCCAGCACAAUAUCAUUGUCUACAUAUGUGAAAACGGCACAUUCCUACGUUUUGUAGAAAAAAAUAUAUCAAGUUAAAAAGUUAUACCCAAUGACAUCAUCAAGACAAUAACAUCCCUCUGGCUAGAAACUCGUUGCAGGUUUUGAAAAUCACUUUUUUAUUUUUACUUUUAAUCUUACCCUGUGAUGUCACAGAGAAGCCUUUUUUUAGACCUUUCUUCUUAUCUUUUUUAACCACAGAUCAUAGACAAAACAACGUGCCGUUUCCACACAUGUAGAUACUGGUAUGGUGCUGGAGAUAAUGAAUAUGGGGUUGAAAAGUGGCGGAAUCGUCCUUUAACAGAAGUCUGUGCAAUGGUUUCGGAGUGUGUACCCUCAGAUUGCAUGACUGGAAUUUUAUUUUGUUUGUGAAAGAAACAUUAUGAAAGACAACAAAAUAUUUUGUACAACACAAAAAAUAUCUAUGACCACUUUGAAAAUAUGUACACGAUUAACCUUUUAAUAACUCACACAUGUCAACUUGUUGAGAUUGGCCGUAAAAACAUCCGAAAAAUCUGAAUUGGGCCACAAGCCUUUACGUGCAUAAUUCUGUGACAAUUACAGUAGGUAAGCUGACCUGCGGAGCGGGCAGCGAAGGGUUAAUGUGUGUCUUAAUAACAUUAACUCCAGCUAGGAUACUAGAAUGUACUAGAGUAUAUUACCUGUGUAGUAGCUAGCGUUCAAAGUGUACCGUUACAAUAUGUCGUACUCUUUGAAAGAAUUCCGAUUUUCUUUCUUUCACAUUGUAGUCGAUUGCCUGCUUGCUUCAGUGAUGGUUUAAAGUUGUUGUUUUUACUAAAUGUCACAACAGUUUUAAGAUUUUUUUCUUCUUUUUCACAUUCCAUUCCCCCUCUGUCAUGUAAUAUCAGCUCAUACAACCAAGAUGAAAAUAGCUCUUAAAGAUGUAGAAUAAACAAUAUGUACGUUCCGAAACAGAAGCCAUGCCCAAAGAUAUAUACGCAUGCUUUUCUUCUUUUGACUUGAAGCGAGGUUGUGGUUUCUGGAAUGCCAUGCUAAUGCCCGUUUUGCUUCUCUUCUAUUUUUCUUUGCCUUUCUUUUUUAAAGUCUGAAGAGUAUUGGAGGAUGCAGGCGGACUGUCAUGCCUUCAGUGCCCAUGUUAGUGUGAAUGUUUGUAUGUAUAGACGCUGUAUAUAAAUGCUGUAUAAAAAAAAACUCUCAUUGCUUAAAAGCACAAUCACUUACAGUAGUCCAGACUUAAUAUAUCAACAAUAAAGAUGUUCCUCUCUUUUUUCCAAGCAGGGGCUCCGCCUAAGGUGUCCUGAACCAAAUAAAAAUACCAAUUAAAAAGCA